ACUAGGCUCCUGAAUUGCAAAGGUUACUGUCACGAGGAGCUGGAAAUUAGUAAUAUAUAUACGAUAACCAAACCGCCCCCACCCACCGCCGUCUAGUCUAAGGUCCAUGCAAUGUUAAUUAUGCGAAUGUGAUCAUAUUCAUUCAUAGACCCUGCUCCUGCAUUUCACGCACUUUAUUCCUAUUCCAACAACCUUGAGUACCUACCCUCAUUCAUAUAAACUACUUGAUGACACAUCUUUAUAUUCCUUCUCCCAUGAUUUUUAAAUAAUAAUAUCAACCAAAAUGUGUCUCUCAUCGAUAACAAGGGGUUUUGCAUUAGUCCUAUGAACUAAUGCCCGGUUCUUCAGGAUUAUGUCUCGUUAAAUUUAAUUUAGUAUACUUUGUUUUUUGAGCUUCGUGAACACCGGGUUGUCUUGUCUCCGAUUCUUUAAUCAACUUCAACCUGAAUUCAUGGUGGUCCAAAGCACAAGACUUAGAUUAGUGUUCAUGCAAUCUAUUAUGCCUCGUUGCUUCUAAGCUCUCACCUUUAUUUCAUUCUCAAGUUGGUCGCAAAAGCUUGGUCAAAAGCUUCUGUUGAGCAGUGACGAGGUUGGAACAUAAGGCACGGUUUGCCAAGGAUAUUGGAAGUACUAGUACUUAUCUGUUGCAAAUAGUACUCGUUUCCAUAAGCAACUUCUCAGCCGGUACUUUGAAAUCACACCAAACUUUUUUUGCCUUCACCUUUUUCGGCUCCGAUGAACCACCCAAAAUAGUGUGUAUCAAUCACAAGUCCAAACUAACCUUCUUUAUUGUGCUUUAGUUAUCAACUUAUCUAGCUAUAUGUCAAGAGGGUGUCACUCGGUUGAAUAUGGUGCGUGAGUUGUUGUAAACCUCCUGACGACACUGUCUUCGAUUCCCAUAAAUAAAAAAACUUGUCUGCUUAUAUAUAAGGAUUCCAAAUUCUUUGAGUUCAACAUUCAGUACUACCACAAGUGAGUGUUAGAAAGUACAAACCAAAAUGGAUGGUGGUUAUUUUCCACCUCGCAAAAUUGGUUCAUGGCAUGGAUUGGAAUUAGAGGAUGUGCAAGAAAAUGAUGAACUCAAAUUGGUUACAUCGUUAUCUGCCAUACCUCAGCCACCUACCCCACAUGAGCCUAUGGAGUUCUUAUCCAGGUCUUGGAGUCUCUCUGCUGCAGAAAUUUCGAAGGCUCUUUUGGAAAAACAAAAGCAUACCUUCCAUGACAAGAAUCAAGCCACCUUUCCAGAAGCUAUUUUGGCACCUCAAUUAGUAACAAGUAAGAUCAUACCUUCUCCUUAUAGUAGAAAGAUGGGUACUAUUGGAAAAUGGUUUCAUCAGAGGCAUCAUGGGAAUACUAACAUUACUGUAAAGAAGAAAGAUCGGGCACGCUUAGAGAAUGCACGUGUGCAUUCUGCUGUGUCCAUUGCUGGGCUAGCUUCGGCCUUGGCUGCUGUUGCUGCAGCAGAGAACUCUUGUGGCUCUCAAACGAAGUUGAAACUUGCUCUGGCUUCAGCCACACAACUCUUGGCAUCGCAUUGCAUUGAAAUGGCUGAACUAGCUGGAGCUGAUCAUGACCAUGUGGCUUCUACUAUAAAGUCUGCGGUUGAUAUUCAAACCCCUGGUGAUCUAAUGACUCUUACAGCUGCAGCUGCAACAGCUUUGAGAGGAGAAGCAGCUCUAAGAGCAAGAUUGCCAAACGAAGCAAAGAGGAAUGCAUCUAUAAGUCCCAAUGAUAGGGUACAACUACCACAAUCUCAUUGGUUUUCUGCUUUUGAAGGUCAGAGUUGUGAACAUCAUCCUCCAUGUGUGGGAGAUUUGUGGCAGCUCACAAGAAAAGGUGUAUUACGAUGGAAGCAUGUUUCUGUUUACAUCAACAAGAAGUGUCAGGUCAAAAUCAAGAUCAAGAGCAAGCACGUUGGAGGAGCCUUCUCCAAAAAGAAUAAAUGUGUGGUUUAUGGAAUUUGUGACAAAGAUGGGGCAUGGCCAUACAGAAAAGAAAGGAAAACGUCAGAAGAGUACUUUGGCCUCAAAACUGCACAAGGUCUUCUAGAGUUCAAGUGUGAUAGUAAACUCCACAAGCAAAAAUGGGUUGAUGGAAUAGGGUGUCUACUUCGUCGAGUAAACUCUAUUGAAGCAACAGAGCGCUCUCUAGAUCUUUUAAGUAUUAACAGCGACACGUGACUGGUUUGAAUUGCAUUGUAUCACUGUUUAGAGAAAUUUUAAGAAGUGUUGAGGAAUACUUUGUUUUUUUUUUUUUUUAAAUAAAAAAGGAGUGUGUGAAGUCACUUAAGGUUUCAAGGUACGUAGAGUUGUAAAGAAAAAGAAAGAGGAUCGGAAUGACAUUUCAAAAAAAUAGAAGAAAUCAAAGUAGUAAAAUAAUUUCUUUUAAGACGGUACAUUAUUGUGUAAGUGUGUAAUUGUGUUAUGUAUAUGUAUGUGUUUAGAAGAGUAGGACAGAAUUUUGUUAAACGCAUGUACUCUUAUGAUGGCUGUACCACUAGAUACACAAGGAAGGAUUGAUGUUUAUUUA